CAGGAAGUAAAACACGAAACAGGAUGGCCGUGUUAUGGUUGUGAGCUAAAUGAAAAAGAAACACCUUAAGUCCAUAAUUUGAAAUAUUAAUAGUUUUGUGAGGGUGUGUUUUGUUUGGAUACACAUUUAUGUAGACAUGGCGAGCUCACUGGAUUUCCGGACUCAUGCCGACCAAUCAUGCAGAUAUUCGGAGGAAUUUGUCAACAUUUACUACGACUGCAUGGACAAGAAAAGGAGGAACUUGACGCGGCUCUACCUGGACAAGGCGACCUUGGUGUGGAACGGCAAUGCAGUGUCAGGGCACGAUGCUCUGGGCGAGUUUUUUGAGUCUCUCCCAUCAAGCGAGUUCCAGGUUCAAACGCUGGAUUGUCAGCCAGUUCACGAACAAGCAACCCAAGGCCAAACUACCUUGCUUGUUGUGACUGGUGGCAUCGUCAAGUUUGAAGGGAACAAACAGCGUUUCUUCAACCAGAACUUUCUUCUCACCGCUCAGGCUUCACCCAACACUGACCAGCCCGUUUGGAAGAUUGCAAGUGACUGUUUCCGCUUUCAAGACUGGAUUAGCUGAGACUCAUUUUGUGUCUGGUUUCCUUCUAUGUCUGAAUACUCGACGGGAAAUUAUUCUCAAGGCUGAUCUAGGCAUAUGACCACGUUGAUGGAAUUUUUAUAUUUCGUAAAGGAAAUCAUUUGUUAAUCUGUAUCCUUUAUUUUGUACGUCUUGGUCGCUCUUACUGAAUAACCGAGAACGGGGAAAAAAAGUUGAGCGGCAGUAGAUCUGUUUAGGAGUAUUUUUGUUGUUGAUAACCCUUGACUGCGCCGCUCUGUAUGCACACACGUGUUAGUCCAGAUAUAGUUGAGGAAAUCUUCAUUAGACCAUACUGUUUAAUAAUUGGUACUUGUGUUUUUAAUUAGAGAAAAUUGGAUAAAGUAUCUAGGAAUUGUGGCCUUUUAACACAUAUAAACUGCAAUUGGAUGUAUAAAACGUUACUUCAUUAUUUCCUUGAGCAGCAUUCAGAGUCAACAACUCCCUGAGGUCUGAAACAUAAAUGUAAUCCAAAA